AUGAAACGCUUCAGUGGUAAAAGAGAGGAUUGGUCAGUCCAAACUAUAGGCAAAAAUGACCUUGUACUCCUGGAAUGCAACAUCUACCGCUGGAAGGUCAACAACGAAGGCAAAGCAAUCUAUACUGAUGAUUGGAGGCUUUGUCGUACAGCAUUCGAGAUUCUCACCGUCAACCUCCUCAAUAUUGGACCUGAAAUUGAAACCAAGGUGCGAGUGCCAGAGAUCGAGGAGUUUAUCUAG